GUGACUUGAAGGCCCAUAACAACAGCUACAUUUGCACAAUUGCACACUCACCAAAACCAUCUCUCUUUUCUUAACACACACAGAGAGGGGGAUUGCCAUCAUCAUACUCAUCACCAUCAUCAUGUUUAUUAUUAUUAUGUUUAUUAUGUUUAUAAACACAAACUCAAGAGACUCAAGGCGUCUUACAAAUCUAAAACCUUCCAAGUUAAAACACUAUAAAGAUGCAAAAUACUUUCCCAACCAAGCCUUUCACAACCAAGCUUAAGGCCACAAAGGGACUCAUGUUAAAAACAUGUUGGGAUGAAAUAAUUCAUGAAAAUAACCGAAAAGCUCUUUCAUGCAAUUUACACAUUUUUGCCCCAAUGACGGCAUGAAUAUUUCAGAUACGAAGGGGGCAUUAAAGUUGCAUGGUUGCACCACAACACACAAGGUGUGCUCCAUUAAGAGGACAUUAAUUGAAUCCGUGUGGGAAAAAUCCUCGAAAGGGAAAGUAUGGUUGCGUAUUUGUGUGUGUUUGCAUGCUUGCUUGUGGCAUACAGAACUUGUGAACCUGUGCUCCAAAUAACAAAGUACAACCUGGAUUUAUAUGAGGAUAGGAGAGAGUUUGGCUGAAGUUCAUUUAUAUCCUUUAUAAAAUAAGAAUUUAUCAACAUUCAGACAUUUCUUCACAUUUGGUGUGGAUAGGAUUUGAAAUUCACAAUUCCAGUGUGAAAUGAUUCAAAAUCAACAUAUUUGGUCUUUUUUUUAAAAAGCCCAUCUUUGGAAAAGUCUGGCAUUGAAUCUGAGUGUAUGCAUCCAUUUUGGUACCACCUUGGGAUUGCCACCUUUUUUCUUCUCAAAUGCUCUUCAUCUUUGAAACUUACAUUGAACUUCAAACAAUCCAAAAUGUAAGACAAACCUAAACAGACAGAUUUAUACUCUCUUAAAGGUCUAACUUUGAAUCCUUGCACAUUCAUCCAUUCGUGGUACCACCUUUUUGGCUGUCAACUUUUUCUUGCCAGACACUCAUCAUCUUUGACACUUAGAUGGCAGGCAGGUCCUACACAAUUCUUUUCCACCUAACUGGACCUAUGCUUCUUCCUAUCAAUUACAUGAAAAGGAGAUAGAAAGAUAGAGAGGAGAGAUGGAAUUUUGUGUUUUUAUAUGUGUAUUUUCUUUUCUUUUGUCCAGGCUUAUGCUUAUAAACAAAAACCAGUGUGGCAUCGUAGUCUGAACAUUGAACUACCAGGAGACUAGGGUUCGAAUCACUCACUUGGCCAUGGAAACCUACCUUGGGACUCCUUCUGAUCUACGAAAAGAGCAUCUGGAUCAAUCAAACCAUGCCUCUCAGAAGCAAAUGAGAAGAAAAUAUGAAAAGGAAAAAGUGGAGAGAGGAGGGAAAUGGUGUUCCUGUGUCCAGGAAAGGAGAAGGUGGAGAGCUCAGCUCCAAAUUCUAUCACGCUGGAAAAGCCAGCAAAACUCCAGAAGCCAGGAGGAAGCCCAGAAGAUCCUCCAGCUGGAAACUUUUAAUAUCCAGAAAUACCUAUUAUUAUUAUUCCGCCUCCUUCCUCCCAAGGAAUUUGGAGUUGUUGUCGUUGUGUUUUUUUGCUCCUUCUUGCUGAAUUUUUCAUGCUGUUCUCAGAAGAGGCAUAAAAAAGAAGAAGAAGAAGAAGAAGAAGAAGGGGGAAAGAAAGGAGAUCUGCCAAAAUGCGAGCACAAAUCGAGGUGAUUCCUUGCAAGAUAUGUGGGGAUAAAUCUUCCGGGAUCCACUACGGGGUGAUCACCUGCGAAGGAUGCAAAGGUUUCUUCCGCAGAAGUCAACAGAAUAAUGCUACUUACUCUUGCUCACGGCAGAGGAACUGCCUCAUCGACAGAACCAACCGGAACCGGUGUCAGCAUUGCCGCUUGCAAAAGUGUUUGGCACUGGGCAUGUCCCGGGACGCGGUCAAGUUUGGCCGGAUGUCGAAGAAGCAACGGGACAGCCUUUAUGCCGAGGUGCAGAAGCACCAACAGAACCAAGAGCAAGGCGGUGGGGCCAAGGAUGACCCGGAGACCCACUCACGGGUCUACACCACCAGCGUCAGCAGCGGCCUCUCCGACCUGGACGACAUCUCCAUGCUCUCCGACGGUUUCCUCUUCGACUUCCCCUUGACCCCCGAAGGGAACAGCACAUACUACAACCUCGACCUCCUGACCUCGGCCCAGCCCUCCCCAGACCAGUCCAGCCUUGACCUCAGCGACGCCAAACACAUCAAGCAGGAAUCCCUCUACGAACUGAUGCUGGAGCCCUCCCUCUUCCCCCAUGGCCCCCUCGAAAACGGUCCCUUGGCCUCGGACGUUUCCAUGAUGGAGAUCGAGCGCCUAGCCCAGAAUGUGGUCAAGUCACACUUGGAGACCUCACAAUACACCAGCGAAGAGCUGAAGAGGCUAGCCUGGACACUUUACUCGCAGGAAGAAAUUAGAAACAUGCAGAACAAGAGCUGUGAGGCCAUGUGGCAGGAAUGUGCUAUCCAGAUCUCUAAUGCCAUCCAGUAUGUCGUGGAGUUUGCCAAACGGAUCGACGGCUUCAUGGAGCUCAGUCAGAAUGACCAAAUCAUUCUCCUCAAAGCAGGCUGCCUGGAAGUUCUCCUCAUCCGGAUGAUCCGCACCUUCAACCCUUUGAACAACAUGAUGCUUUUUGCAGGAAAGUACGGCGGGAUGCAAAUGUUUAAGGCUCUGGGCUGCGACGACCUCAUCAAUUCCAUCUUUGAGCUGGGGAAGAACCUUUGUCGGCUACAGCUCUCAGACGAGGAGAUGGCGCUUUUCACAGCCGCAGUCCUGCUCUCCCCAGAUCGCCCCUGGCUUUCUGAACCGAAGAAGGUGCAGAAACUCCAGGAUAAGAUCUAUUUGGCUUUGCAGCACGAGAUCCAGAAGAAAAAUGCCAAUGAAGACAGACUUUCCAAGAUUGUCUCCAAACUUCCCCUGAUGAAGACCAUUUGCAACCUUCACCUGGACAAGUUGGAAUUUUUCCGCCUGGUCCAUCCGGAGACGGCGACGAACUUCCCACCCCUUUACAAGGAGGUCUUCAACUCCGAGCUUCACUACAGUGACCACCGAGAAAGCUAAGGCAUGGCCUGAAUUCAGAGAAAGAGGGACCAAAUUUGGCAAGGCUUAUAGGGCCAAGGAGUUGAGGGGAGGCUGAACAAUUGGGACCAAAAGGCCCUGUUGCUUCCAGAAGAGGUUUUAUUUGGAACAAGGGGACCUUCCUGUCUGCCACUGAAUGUAAACGCACCUUUGGAAGACCUAAAAGAUUUUAAAACCUGGACUCUUCUUGCCGUACCGGUGAAUGUGAAAAGCCCUCCGGUCGCGAGGAUGCUGCCACUAAGUCGCAGCGUUGCAAGCCUGUUCCGAUGGCACACUUGCUUUCUUUCCACUUGUCCAUCUCAUCGCCAUGCUUGUGUACCACUUGCCGAAUCUAUGGGACCAACGUCUGACCCUUGUGUGUCCCACAGACCCUUACUAAACCCUCCUCUACCUGC